GACACGCAGACUGCCAAUUUUCUGCUGGAAAAUGGAGCAAAUGUCAACCAGGUAGUCAAUGGUAAGACGCCACUCAUGCACGCCACGGAUGUCGGUAUGAUUGACUUGUUGGUUAAAUGGGGAGCUGAUGUUAACCUCGAGACAAGCCAAGAAGGUACUCCCCUAAUAUAUGCCUUGUCUUUUUCUUACCAUUGGAACAUUAGAAAAAGAGCUGAAACUAAGAAUGCAGAAGGAAUUGGACAUUUCGAAUGUAAUGAAAAGAUUAGAGACAUCGUUUUGAAACUUUUAGAACAUGGUGCAAAGUGUAAUGGUGUGUUCCAUUAUGGAGAGUCCCCACUCUCUCAUGCGACAGAAAAAUGUCAUCCCAUAAGUCUUUUAGAGAUGUUGCUUGAUGCUGGAGCUGAUGUCAAUGAUAUUGGUCCAAGAAUAACGUCUGCCCUUCAUACCGCAUCGUCGACCUGUGACACUGAGAAAGUUCAAUUUUUAAUUGACGCUGGGGCCGAUGUAAACCUUAGAGACUCUUCUGGUCAAACUCCUAUAUUUAGGACCGUUGACCCGGAAGUUAUUGAAUGUUUACUAAAAAAUGGUGCUGAUGUCAACGUCGAAGAUGAAAAUGGCGAUACCCCGCUGAUUCUUGCGAUUGAGUCUGGUGAAGACGUGCAGGAGAUUUUCGACAUUUUUAUAAAAGCUGGAUGUGACGUGAAUCACCAGAAUGAAAAUGGUGUUUCAGCCUUUCUUUUAGCUGCAAAAUAUCUAAGCAGUGAUGCACUGGAAAUCUUACUUAAAGGUGGGGCAGACGUAAACGCUUGUACCAAAGGUAGCAAGCCGAGGACUGCACUGGACAUUUUACUGAAGUCGAUUUGGAAGGAACCAUUGGAAACAGGUGAAUGUAUCCAGGCAUUAAUUUCACAUGGUAUCAAUUUAUUAAAAAUAAAUCCCUGCGUUAUCCAUAUUCUUAUAUCCGCUGGAUGCUUGUCCAUUGCCGGACAACUGAUUUCGACUGGCAUAGGACCAACAGAGGUCCCGCUUCACAGAAGUGUUAAAGGUUGGUACAAAUCAGAAGCCUUCAUAUCACCUUUGGGCGUGGCAUUGCUUCUGAACAACGUGAAGCUGGCUCGAUAUUUUUUUGAAAUAAGGUAUCUGACAAAAUCAGACCUUUCGUUGCUUAGAAGAACCAAAUCACUCUCUAAGCACCUUUCGCAUGAGUGCUUAAAAUUUACACAGGAUGCAUCACAUCAACCGCUAUCGCUAGAAACUCUGAGCUUAGUGGCCGUCUCUUCCGUCAUUGGUGCAGCUCCAGGAAGACGAUCCCGGGUGGAAAAGACCAAUCUCCCUUCCACCCUUCAAGCAGCAUUGUUGUACACAGACAUUCGUCCCAUCGUUGAGAACUCAAGUGAACCUAAGAGUCUUUCUCUCUACCGAUCGUUGGUUAAAAAAUACCAAGCUAAUAAAAACACAGACUCUAGUGACGAGAGUGUACAAUAUUCAUACGAUGAUUUAACCAGUGACAGUGACUUUUAA